GAGUUGGCAAAUCACGAUUGUUUCUUCGUUUCUACGAUGGCUUUUUUCCAUUGUCCUAUAUUAUUACCAAUGGUGGUGUUGAUUAUAGGACUAAAGACAUUGUUGUUGACGAUGUCAAAAUCAGGGUUGACACGUGGGAUGCAGUCAACCAGAAACAUUCUGGCAUUAUAACUCGAGUAAGCGUUAUCCUUAUUGGAAAUAAAUGUGAUGAUGAUAAGAAGGUAGUGUCCAAAGAACAAGGCCAAGCUUUAGCUAACGAAUUUGGAAUCAAAUUUUUAGAAACCAGUGCCAGGUCUGGUAUCAACGUCGAUGAGGCAUUCAAUACUUUAGUCAGAGAUAUUAAAAAAGUACUCAUUGAUCCAUAUCAACUUGAACAGGAGCAGAUUACUAAAGAACAAAGUAAAGCUUCCGCAGAUGAGUCAACAGUUAGUAACGUCAAAAAAAUCAUUCUCCACUUUGGCUAG